AUGUUCAAAUCGACAUCCAUGAGUGCAGCACCUCGUGGAACCAAGAGAAGGAGAGAAUCCAAGGAGGCACGAACGACAAGCUUCUUCCACGUGCUGCUGGCAAUUCUGACAUUGGACGCAAGCCACCACGGUAUCAGUCAAGUGAGGCAGGCCGCAAGGAAAGAGAAGGCGUUUGAGAUACGGAAGCUCGUCAGGAAGGUCAAGUCACUGAGGACGAAAGAUGUUCAAGCCGACGAGCAGUCAAUAUCUGACUAUAUCAGCCAACUUGAGGCCUUGAAGCGUCUAGAUCAUGAACCAUUAGGGAUCCUUGCAUUGGAAUUGAAACUCAAGAAAGAUCGCCUGCUAUCACAGAACGAGCAGAUGCAAGCACUCAUAAACGCUGAGCUAUUAAUUCACGUCCUCACGCUUGCCAAUCCUGGUACAGCGGCUCGCAAAACUCAAGAUCGCAUUCUAAGCUCUAAGCUACUUGCGGCAACGACAAAAUCGGUCCUCAGUUCACUUAAGCAUAUCAUAGACCCAGACUCCGUGACUCUUCCCGAGGUUAAGGCUGCUGCUGGCCUCGGGGACGCUCCCUCUACACAGAAACAGCUGCGAGCGGCAAAGGCCACGGGCGCUCUUCCAGAUGAGAUUGGAAGCGAUAGUGAGUCUGAGGGCGACGAUGACGCCCAGGAGCAAGAAUGGGCCUCAGAAUCUUCCGAUGAGGGUGCGGGAGACGGGUGGGAGUCCGGCUCUAUCGAUGACGCUGGGAUAAGGGUUGCAAGUCAUCUGUCAGCAUCAGAUGAGCACUUGGACUCCGGAGAUGAGGAGGAGGAUGAAGAUGUGAGCGCCUCGGCAUUAACAACAAACGUCACCAAACGCUCCGAAGCCGCUUUAAGACAGGCGAAGACCGCCGGUGCUUCAAGUGAUAUGAAGGGCAAAGGGAAAGCAACUGCCCAGUCAACGUUCCUCCCUUCCCUAUCGGUCGGGUUCAUCAAGGGUGACUCUGACGCGUCUGAUUGGAGUGAUGCGGAGGCGAGCGUUGCUGGCGGCGUGCGCAAAAAUAGACGCGGCCAACGAGCGAGACGGGCCAUCUGGGAGAAGAAGUACGGCAAAAAUGCUAACCACGUCAAGAAGGAGCGAGAAGCGUUUACACGUAACCCGCGAGCGAAUACGACGGCGAAUCGCCGGGGUCCAGGUCAGCCCCGCAAGGACGCAGCCCCUGGCGCUCGCGCUCGCCCUCAACCGCAGUUCACCGCGCCUCCGAGUGACAAGGGCUGGUCUAAGAAUAAAACGCCAGCAGGAGACACGCCAGUGGACAUUCCACCGAAGCAAAAGCACAAGGAGGACAACUCGUUGCAUCCCUCAUGGGAGGCGAAACGGCGGCUGAAGGAAAAGCUCAACCCCAACAUCCUGCCGCCGCAGGGCAAAAAGAUUACGUUCUGAAGGGCAUGUGUGCUUUAUGGGGACAGGGCUUUGCAUGCACACCGAAUGUGCGAUAAGCUAGUCCAUGAUUGUAAUCGCGAGGAGUGGUCCACAUCCUAGUCUCUGGCCACCAUCAUGGACGGCUUCGAUGGAGGUCCCUAACACAGCUUAAACAAAGGCGUCGUUUUAGCAUUCUGAUGGUGUUCGCAAUUGCGAACACGUAGG